UCAAAUAAAGAUAAUUUGCUUACCGAUUCUGUGGCAACCGCAAGUUUGAAUUCGAGUAAUGCUGCUUUCUGGAAGAAUGAUUGGUUGAAUGUUCAAAGUUCACUAUCUUCGCUACGAAAUUCGUUAGCGUCUUUUCCUUCUUCUCCUUUGCGCAUUAUGCGAGUUAGCCAGUUAGACGCUGACUUAUUAGAUUCUGAGCUUUUUGGAACAUUUAAAGAGCAAUUGUGGCUAUUAUUCAGCCCUCAAAUUAAACAAACUUUUGAGCCAGAAUUGCUUGCUAUUCUGCAUUUUAUAUAUCGUCUUACCGUUUUAGAGUCUGGCGCGACUUAUGGCGCGCAAUUGCAGAAUCUUAAAUAUCGAAAUGAGAAACAACAUUGGGGAGGAUUACAAUCUAUAACCAAAGACUCGCCAUUAACAACAUUUCAGAAAUUUGCGUACAUCGCGAUGACAGUAGGAGGUCAAUAUAUAUGGAUUCGCAUCAGUCGGCUGGUGAUAGCGCAAGGAUGGAGUGAAUUAAGUGAGGAUGAUCCCCGAAAUAUAUUCUGGAAAGUAUUGCAAAAAGUGGAAAACAUUUAUAAAACAGUGUCUUUAUUAAAUUUUUUGAUAUUUUUAUAUGAUGGCAAGUACAGUACAUUAACUGAUAGAAUUCUUUCAAUACGUUUAGUUUAUGCUCGUAGAAUAAUGAAUAGACAAGUUAGCUUUGAAUUUUUAAAUCGACAAUUGGUUUGGCAUGCCUUUACGGAAUUUCUUCUCUUCAUUAUGCCUCUUAUUAACUUGCGUAAACUUAAAAACCUUUUAAAACGUAAACUUCUCCCUGAAUCUUACUUCAGAUCCAAUUUACUUGAUUUUUUACCUACACAUAUUUGUGCUAUAUGUCAUGAGAAUCAAUCAGCUUCAAAUGCAUCUGCCGUUAUCUCGUCUAAGGUACACAAUCCAUAUGAAACGAACUGUGGGCAUAAGUAUUGUUAUUUUUGUAUUAAAACUAAAUUGCUUCAAGAAGGCGGAACCUGGCAAUGUUUAAGAUGUGGUGCGGAAGUGAAAGAAAUUAAAAGACUUUUAGAGAAGUUAGUUGAAGAGGAGGAGGAAAAUGAUAGAACUAAUAAAGGAAAACAGCCGGCAAGAUGAAUGUCUACAUUAGCCCAAAUAUAUCAAGUAAAAAUUUCUGUAAUAAAUCUUACGUUAAAUAAAAUAAAUAUAAAAUCCUAGAUGAUUAUCUAAUUUUGAGGUUAUAAUUAUAAUUUUAC